UUCAAGGCAUAACAAGUUGAUCUGAGAUCCUCUCCAGCCAGACUUCGUUGUUCAAGUCUCUGAAGUGCCAUGGCAACAGUUCCUGAACUCACCAGUGAAAUGAUGGCUUACCACAGUGAGGAGAAUGACCUGUUCUUUGAGGUUGACGGCCCCCAAAAGAUGAAGUGUGGCUUCCAAGACCCAGACCUCUGCUGUCCAGAUGAGGGUGUUCACCUGCAAAUCUCCUACCAGCACUUCAACAAGAGCUUUAGGCGGGUGGUGUCGCUCAUCGUGGCUGUGGAGAAGCUAAGGAAGAAACCUCUUCCUUCCUCGUGGGCCUUCCAGGAUGAGGACCUGAGAACUUUCUUUUCCUUUAUCUUUGAAGAAGAACCCAUCCUCUGCACCACAUGGGAUGAUGAGGUGCUUGUGAGUGAUGCACCCCUUCGACUUCUGAGCUGCAGGCUCCGAGAUGAACAACAAAAAUGCCUCGUGCUGUCUGACCCAUGUGAGCUGAAAGCUCUCCACCUCAACGGACAGAACCUGAACCAACAAGUGGUGUUCUCCAUGAUCUAUGUACAAGGAGAAGCAAGCAACUACAAAACACCUGUGGCCUUGGGCCUCAAGGGAAAGAAUCUGUACCUGUCCUGUGUGAUGAAAGAUAAGAAGCCCACCCUGCAGCUGGAGAGUGUAGACCCCAACCAAUACCCCAAGAAGAAGAUGGAAAUGCGGUUUGUCUUCAACAAGAUAGAAAUCAAAAACAAGGUGGAGUUUGAGUCUGCUCAGUUCCCUAACUGGUACAUCAGCACCUCCCAAGCAGAACAUAGGCCUGUCUUCCUGGGAAACAAUGGUGGCCAGGAUAUAGUUGACUUCACCAUGGAAUCCAUUUGAGGUUCUCCUAAGAGGUCCACAUGUGUGGACUGUAGCCUCAGAUUCUAGUGCUGCACAAGGGGGAGAGGACAGUUUUGAGUGACUACAGACUGGACUUGACUGUUUCGGCUGCAUUCUCUAGAUGUGCUGAGGAGCUCACUUGUCUCCCGCCAGGGUUCAGCUCUCUGCCCCUAGAAGAAUCCUCAGUCCUCUGCUAAGCCAGGUCUCUCUUGUGUCUCCUGCUUCCUUGGAGUCAACCUGACAGAAACCAUCGCACAUUCUAUUCAAAGAAAUUCUCUGUCUUUUUCUCCUAGCUUCUGAUGGGCAACCACUUACCUACUUAUUUAUGUAUUUAUUGAUUGGUUGAUCUAUUUAAUUUAAUUCAAGGGGGACAAGAAGCAGCAGUACAUGCAAAAGAAUCUGGUAUUCAAUAUUUAUUGAAUCAAUUUAAUGUGGACCAGUGCACAGCCUGCAUCACGUUCUCUUAUUGAAGCUGAAAACAGAUAAGCUUAUUUUAUGUAUGUGGGAAUAUUUAUGAAUGAAGUAUUAUCAAAUUGUUCAAUGAGUCUGAAAUAUAUUUCACUAAAAAAACACUUUC